AAAGAGAGAGAGAGAGAGAGAGAGAGAGAGAAAGAGAGAGAAAGAGAGAGAGAGAAGAUCCGAAGAGACAAGAGAAGAAUCUUUCAGUACGUCUCAAGUCGGUUAAGUCAGUUGGUAUUCCAGUAUCCCGAACAAAAUGUUCUCUCUUUGCGUCUUCUCGAUCCGUGGCUUUUUGAUGAAACGCGCGAAAUAAAUUAUUUCUUUCUUAAAGAUGAAAACUUUACACGACUUUGGUGUUUGCAGUAGCAACUACGCACAAUAACAUAGUGCGGAUUCGAGCGAAUUAAGAAAUUGAAAGAUCGAACAGUGCAAAGAUUCGUACGAUCAACAUUUCGUUGAUUAUCACGAUUGAUUUAUAUAAAAUGUAAUUCGUCGGAAAGUAAAUGGUAUUCUACAAAUCGAAAAAAUGUUUUCAUUUUUUAAAAAGAAUUACGAACCAACGAACUCUUUGAUGGUCACAUUGUUGAAUCGAUGAAACAUAGUGACUUAACGUUGAAAUGAUUUAGAAAAGAAGAAUAAAAAAGAAGAUAAGACGUUUAGGAAUUAUUCGGACUAACUCGGAGCAAAAUGAUCGGUGCGAAUGUGGACCAGCAUGGUAACAACAUAAUAGCGUCGCAAUCAACGAAUCAUGCGUCGCAAGAUUUUACUGUUUCACGACUUUUAUCAACGUCGACGAUGCAUUCGUUAGAAAAAAAAAAAAAGAAAGAAAGAAAAAACUUUUCUAAAAUACACAUAGAGUGUCACACUGAAGGAACGUCGACGACUGGAAGUAGGAGACCAAGGAGAAGUAGGACAACCUUCUCGGCGCAACAGUUGGCCGCAUUAGAAAGGGUUUUCGAAAGGACACAUUAUCCCGAUGCUUUUGUUCGCGAGGAACUCGCUACUAGAGUAUCCUUAUCGGAGGCAAGAGUUCAGGUAUGGUUUCAAAAUAGACGCGCCAAAUUCCGGCGAAACGAAAGAAGUUCGGUACUUAAUCGUGGCACUUGUACAAGCAGAGAAUUGGAAACGACCACUUUACCGCUUCGACCGAUAAGAGUAAGCAGUCACAUGCACGAAAACAAUUCGGAAAAUAAUUCCUUCCAAGCGCAGCAGCUUCCACAUUAUUCCUAUAGCGAAUACUGGAGAUCUCCUCAACAUUAUACCACCGUUCAAAGCAGUAAUUGUCACGGAUUUGUUAACGCUAAUCUUGGGAACGUACCUGCUCUACCAUCAUAUCAUCAAUCAGCAGAAAUUCACAGUGCCGUCGAAGGAACGACUAUAACUGGUCUAAGCGCAUUGAGAUUGAGAUCGCAUCCUUACAGUGCUACCUACUCCGCCAUGCACGCGAGCAUGUGACUCUUUUUCUCUUAUUUCUUCUCCGAUAUUGUCAUUUAUUUUUGACAAAUCAAAUCAAAAUCAAAGAAUGCUGCAAUGUUCAAAUCUACACGUCCUCGAUAAUAAUUUUAUUUCGUCCUGCUUUCUUUCGUCCACAAGAUUCUUGCGCUUGCACAGGAUUCUUUCGUUAAAACCAAAGAUGCUCUCACUUUCAACUGUAAUCAAUGACGUAGAAAAGACUUAUAAUUAAAAGUCGAGUUAAUUAAUAGUCAAGACUUUUCUUAAUUACUACAAGUUUUCUAAACAGGGUAUAUAGAUACAUAGAUACAUACAUAUAUAUGUUUAUACGUUGUAUAAACCGUGAGGAGAGCUAAGGAUAUCGUAUACAAGGUAUACAUAAUAAUUCCUUAACGAGAUUUAUUGUAUUGUGUAUAUAGAUAUCCAUGUAUACUUGAUCAAAUGGGAUAAUAUGCGAAUGCAUGUAGUAUUAGCAGUCGAAUAGAUUAAACACAAAUAUAACUUUCUUAAUAAUACUGUAAGAAAUAUCAUUAAUUACACAAUGGAGACAUAUAUAUAUAUAUCCAUAUACAUAUAUAUAUAUAUAUAUAUAUAUAUAUAUAUAUAUAUAUAUAUAUGUAUAUGUAUAAUCGCUAGAUUAUGCGCGACAGACAACUCUAUUCAACGUAAGACGUAAAUAUUGAAAUCGAUUACAUCAUUGCAUUAUAAAUUGUUGAUUACAAAUCGUUGUUACAAAUGUCUUAUUAUUUUUUAUCCGAUACGCUUUAUGAUAAAAAUAUACUACAAAUUUUUAGCAGAUUUACCAUUAAUACAAUGACAGCUAUGAUAAUGAUAAUUAUUGUAAUUAUCCGUCCAUAGAAUCAUUUUCACCAUAAAUGAUCUAUUAAUCUUUGGUACUAUACUGUUAUCUGUACAUUCUGAACGGCAUUACUCCAAUCGACUUUAGACGGUACUAAAUAAAAUGCAGGAGCUAUUUUACUACCACAUGGGCACUGACUACCGGCUACCCAACUAAAGGAGCCUAAUUUUGUAUUACACUUUGGACAAUUCAACUUUCCUUCCACAUUAUGCAUUAUGUCUGGCAUCCAUGCCAACGGCUCCACAAAAUAUAUCUUUGUGCAUAGUUCGGUCAUUUCGCUUUCUUUCUUUACAUUUACACAUUCAGCUCCAUCUUCCCCGUCUUUUAUCUGUUUAGAUAUUCGUUUAGAACUAAUAUGUCGCCAAAUCUGUCGUUGGUGCAUCGUAUGCGGUAAAAUAUUACUUGCACUUGCCACGAUUCUUCGACACUUUCUACAACGAUAAACGGUUGGCUCUGGGCGUAUAGUCGUUAAUGCAGGAUCCGGCUUUAUUAAAUCAAUGCAAUUUUGGGGUAAAAUUUUCACUUUCCUCACUUUAUCCGCAGCUAUUUGCAAUCUGUACAUCUUAAAUUGAACAUUAGUAUUGUCUAUACCAAAGUCCAUCUCUUCGUAUAAUUGCAAUUGAGCUAUAAAUCCAGGAUUUGGUCCAACAAAAUGUCUCUUUUGUUUGACUAUUUCCAAUGCAUCUAAAAAAGAUUUUCUAUGUUUCUUCAUAAUAUAAGCGAUAACAACGCUAACGGAUCUGGAUACGCCAAAGUAACAAUGUACCAGCGUUCUGCCAUUUGAUUUUAAAGCUUGAUCAAUAAAUUCAUAAGAAUCUUCCAAA